AUGCAUGAGCGCGAGUUCACAAAUACACGUGACAUCGCAUACAAUAGCGGGAAUAAUUGUGUAUACCGACUGCUAUCAAGCUUCUGUGCAAGCAUCCUCAAGGACCACCCUUCACGACGACCCAUUAUUGUGCAUUCUGCCGGCAAAUGGCCCUUGCCAAUGCACAGCACAGUUGCACAGUCGUUUCGGGACCUUUUCACCCACAGAAGGGUCGGAAUCGAGUCUAAACAAACAUAUGGCGACUUGGAAUACAGUUGGCGUGCACAUGUGACUGAAAAGUGGCCCUCGAACGGCGCCACGAGCUCAAAAUGA